GUCACGUGAGCUGCUCCCCUAAGAGUGCCGUGACGUGGUCAAGCUCCGUCAGUGGAGCUGUGUCUGACAGACAGCUUUCACGGGCCAGCAGCUGCCUUGGCCGGCUGAGAAAUCCGACAGGGGUCCGGGGCGAAGCGUGCAAGACGCAUGAGAAGAAAGCUUCUGGAGAGGAGGAAACAAGAAGAAGCGGGGUGUGCAGACAAAAGUCGGGAGGUGAAGGUAGAUGAGUUAUUGCUUUUGUUCUCUCUCUAGGAGUCGGGGUUUCUGCUUCGCCUGUGACUGGACUCAAGAGGUGUGGGAGCCGAUAUUUUUGUAAUUCUGUUUUCCUCCAUCGCGUCUCACUGCGCCUGCCCCGCGCACCAGCCCGGCUCGGCGUCGCGGAGGAGCAGCCGCAUACCUGCAGCUCCGUCGCCGCUGCUCUUCUCCUUUUUAUCCCUCCAACGGGGUCGGCUCCAGAUGGAAGUGCCGGGGAUCCUCGUUUUUACGUGACGCGAACGUCUCUUGCAGAGAAAGGAUAAACUUGGAUAAGAUCAAGGAAACAAAGUGGAAACUGUAUCUUAAAGCAAGAAAUGUGUAUUUGAAAAAAAAAAGAGUUAUAUAACGGACCUAAGGAGGAGAAGAUCGGGUAAAAAAAAAGGGGAGUCGCAGCGGGAGGAGAACCCAGAACCCCGCAGGUUACUUGAGCUUCUGCGGGCACGAGGAGCAGGAGAGUCAUCAUGCAUCCGAGGUGUCUGUGCAAUUAGAGAAAAGGGAGGCUGAGGACGAAGGGCACUCGUGAAGCCCCGGUCAGAAGAGGCGGGGAUGGCGGGUAAGGAUACCGGGGUUCAGUCCACCCGUCAGCCGACCGCAGCCCUGUCAGCAGCCGCAGCAUGAGGUGGAGGAGGGAGCAGACACAGAGGAGGUGACCCUUGUUAUAACCUGAAGAAGACAGGACCCAGUGCCUGACCUUGUUUUUGUCUAAAGUGCCAAAGAAGAGACAGGGAGAAGCCUCGCUGGUGGAAAAAAAUAGCCGCCUUCUUCUUUCCACCGGGAGCCCUUUUAACCUUGCUUCAAGCUACACUUAGGGGCUCAACUGUUCCUGUGACUCCACCAGAAGCCUCGCCCCGACCCAUCUGCCAGCUCAGAUAAACCCCUUAUUGUUGGCAACCACAUGUUUGAGGUGACCGCAUGUGACCACCGCUGCCCAUUCUCGAGCAGGAGCAGUGACUCGCAACCCCAGUCUGCAACAUGCAGUGGAGACGGCGGCACUGCUGUCCCAUCAAGAUGACCUGGACCAUCAAGCGUUCACUCUUUCGGACCCAUGUGGCUGGUCUGCUUUCCCUGGCUCUUCUCCUUACAUUCCUUUUGUUUUUUAGCCACCAGGAAUGGCUGCCAGGGCGCAGCGGGCCUCGUGACAACCCGCUAGCCUACACCAUCAGGGGUCUCCGGAGUCCCAAGGGAGAGGCCAACCAGAGCAGCUCCCUGAGGAGCCUGUGGAAGGAGGCAGGGUAUGGAGGGCCCAAGCCUCUUCUCAACCUUAGCUCUCAACAGGCAGAGGGGACGGCAGCUGAGCCAGGAGGAGCAGGAGCUGGAGGAGGAUCCAGGAUGAGCGUCACGGGGCUUGGGGACUCCAUGAGCUCCAACAACAGUUUACAGAAGGAGAUGGAUGUUGGGGAGAAGCUUAGUGCUCAACCUUACCGCUACAUACUGAAUGAGCCUUUCAAGUGCAGGGACAGGAUGCCCUUCCUCAUCCUCCUCAUUGCUGCUGAGCCUAGACAAAGUGAUGCACGCAAUGCCAUCCGGCAGACAUGGGGGAAUGAGAGUGUAGCAGGGGGGCUGGGCUUCGUCCGACUUUUUCUCCUCGGCACAGGAAAGAGUUCAGAUGCCUUCCUUCAAAGUAGCAUUGAAGAAGAGAGCCGUGUUUACCAUGACAUCAUCCAACAGGACUAUCAGGACACCUACUACAACCUAACCACCAAAACCUUGAUGGGCAUGAACUGGGUGGCCACCUAUUGCCCACAUGUGUCCUAUGUGAUGAAAACAGACAGCGACAUGUUUGUCAACACAGAGUAUCUUAUCCAAAAGCUGCUAAAACCCGAAUUGCCCCCCAGACAGAGGUAUUUUACUGGCUAUCUAAUGAGGGGCUAUGCACCAAACCGAAACAAGGACAGCAAGUGGUACAUGCCACCAGAGCUUUAUCCGAGCGAGCGGUACCCAAUAUUUUGCUCAGGCACGGGGUACGUGUUCUCAGGGGACAUGGCCGAAUUGAUCUAUCAGGCCUCGCUAAGCAUACGCAGGCUGCACCUGGAAGACGUUUAUGUAGGGAUCUGCCUGGCAAAGUUGCGCAUUGACCCAGCGCCGCCUCCCAAUGAGUUCCUCUUUAACCAUUGGCGUGUCUCUUAUUCCAGUUGUAAGUACAGCCACCUGAUUACAUCCCAUCAGUUCCAGCCCAAUGAACUUCUCAAGUACUGGAACCACUUGCAGAGCAACAAGCACAACGCCUGCAUCAAUACGGCCAAGGAGAAGGGCGGCAGACACCGACACAGAAAGCUCCACGGGGAGAGGCCUCCAUGACGAAUCCCUCGACUACGGCCUGCCUCAGAAAGAAAGGAUGUUGCGUGAAGAAGGGAAUGUUGAAUUCAGCACUAAACACUAUAUGAGAAAAAGCACAUUGUUUUUGGUAUUGUGUACAGUUUAUGAACCAACCUAUUUUUUUAUUUUUGAAGACGUUAUUGUAAACCUUUCAAGCUAGCUUUCAGAAGGAAAGAAAAGGGGUCAUUGUUUGAUGCACAAAGGAAGCUGCAGCUCAAAGGUUGGGUUUAGGAUAAUUCAGGUGCCAACAGAUUGGUGGUAAUUCUUGUUCUUCUCUUAAGGGUUAUGUGGUACGUCAGAGUUUAAACAGAUGGGUAAAAAAAAAAAAAAAAACAACAACCCACCACUGUGUUUACACAGACAAAGGGAAAUGUAUAUUUAUUUUGAAAAGUUCUACUACCUAAAUAUGAAUGAAUGAUAUGAAUCUUUAACUUUGACCAGGUAUGCUGCCCUGUUUCUCUGUAUUUAUUUUACAGCUAUAUCAACGGACACUGCUAAGAGGGGAUUUCUUGUCAUCUAUUGUAUUUUAUUUUUAAAAGGAAUCACAUAAGACACCCACAAUCACAUCAGAGAUGACUGAGAUUGUAUUUUCUAAAGCUUUACAAUGAGUAUAACUCUGCACUUAAGUAAAUGUGCAACGACUCAGUAAAGAAAUAAAUAAAUGUACUGAAUUCA